UUUAUUAAUUUAAAACAGUCUUCCUGGUUUUUAAAGAUUUUUUUAAAACAGCAAAAGUAGAUUUUUAAAAUUAUGUAUGAUGAUCGAACCCAAAUACCCUGAAAGCAUGUUCUCAAACCACAAAAUGCAAUUAUCAUGAAUCAUGUUCUGUAUUUAGAAAAUUAUUUAUAUUCUAAAGAUUUUAUAAUUUCAGAAAAAAUGUCUACAGUGACGGAGGAGGAUGUUGAACUACGAGAUCUUGUUUCCACCGUCCUAGAUAAUUCUGGAGUGCUUGGUAAGCUGAAGGCUCAACUGCGGGCGCAUGUGUACAGCGCGCUUGAGUGUGGUGAGGUUAGUUCUAACUCCGGUCUAGUGAACCCUGGUCUCCGACAGUACCUGGAUACUACAACUGGGAGACUGGUCGCUAGUCUAGUCAGAGAAUUUCUCGAGUUUUUCAAUCUUGACUUCACAUUGGCAGUUUUUGAUCCAGAGACAAACAUCGGGAAGGAUUUCAGAUAUCGGGGACGGAGUAAACUUAUUGAUGCCCUUGGACUUACAGAGCUGGUGGAUCCCAAGUUACCUCUUCUCAAUGAAAUUAUGCGCCUCUCGAAGGUUUCUGUUUUAAAGUCUGAGAGUCCAACUCCAACUGAAAUAUCUGUUGAAGAUGAGAAUACGUCCAACCAAACAUCUUUAGCUGAAGAUCCGUCCAGGGGGGAUCCUCCUCACAAACUAAGGAAUAGUGAUUAUAAGAAGUGCUCUAGGGUUGAGGACACUUCAGAUGAAAGUAUUGAAACUUCUAUAACUCCAGGAGUAAACAUACGGAAUCUUGCCAAAGAAUCAUCCUCUACAAUUAAUCCCCUGGAGGAGAAACCCAGAACCUUGAAGAAGAAUGAACUCCAACCCGGAGAUAAAUUAAGAAAAGAUGAAGAGCCGCCUGGAGAUAGUUUGCUGAAACCUGGAGAUAGAUUGAAUACAGAUGAAAUUAAUCCCGGAGAUAAAUUGAAACGAAAAGAAUUAUCUCCUCUGAGUGAUCUUCCUCCGCUUGGUUCUCUCUCCUCCCAACUAGGUAAUCUUCCCCCUUUGUCGGGUUCCCGAACCUUGGGAUUAUCUCCGCUGAAGAAGAUUCAACCUCUCUCUAAACCAGAAUCCAAGAAAGAAUCUGAUCCGUCUCCGCACGCCUCCCUAGAUCAAACCCCGGACAAGAACUUAUCUCAUUCUGGACGGAAAGAAUUGCCAAACCUUGGGUUCGGGAAAGAUCACGUGAUUUCUGAAAAGGAAAAUACAUUAUUUUCUAGAGAUAAGAAUAAAGAGGGUACUGGAGACAAGAAUUCAGAUAAAUAUUCUGAUGAUUUCUCCGUGAGUGAGGAUAUAGAGGAGGACCUGGAUUCAUUCCUUAACUCCAGUCAAUCCAACGCAGAGGAGUUCACUAAGGAAGAAAUAGUUAUAAACUCAGAUGUCAGUCUAAAGGCAGACCACGUAGAGUCUCUUUAAGCAUUCCAGUUAAUAGCACCUUCGAAAUCACCGAAAACAAAAAUUAUCGUCACAAUUGAAAACCCGAGAAGAAUUUAGCUCGUACAACCUACUCACAGUUGAAAUCUGAUAAUCCAAUUCUACAUUUAUUUAUAUUCUAUUUUGUUUUCUUCCACCAAUGCAACCUAGCAACCUAGGAAAAUCAUUGAAUUAAUGUCGCGUUUUAGAGACCGUUUCAAAGACCUGUCUUGAUCAGGGGCGAAUUCAGGAAUUUGUUGGGGGUAGUGGUGGCUUAAAAUCACCUCUUGGGGCCUAGAAACCCCCUGGAAACCAUAGAUUUCACUGAUCCAAGCCCCCCCCCCUGGUCUUGGUCUUGAUCAAGUAAUUAUCAUGUUUUAUGGAACCUCCCGUAUGAACCAAUUAUUAGUUACGUAAAUCAAAUGCCCAUUAAAUGUUCACCAAAAUGAAUGCCUUGUUAUUGUUUACAUAGAAAACUAAGUACCUUUGUUUAAGUUUAAAUUCAGAUAUUAAACCCAUGCAAAACCCAUCAAAUACACGAUCUCUUGUCUUUAUCUACUAUAUAAUUUAUUGUGAUAUUUCAGAA